GCCACUUCUAAAGGACUAACGAAAGAAUAGUCUUCUUGUAAUAAUAUUCUUUUAAAAAAAUAGAAACGUUGGUCACGAGGCCUCAUCAAUGCUUUUGAUACCUUCCUUCACCGCAAAUUCUAACGAACCACCACCGUCGAAGCUUUCUCUUUCCGAUCUUUCAAUGGCGAUUCUCAAAUCUCACUUCUUCUUACUCUUCCCUCUUCUUCUUCUCCACUUUCACACUGUCUCCUUUGCUCAGACGCUCUUUGUGUUCGGAGAUGGUCUUUACGACGCCGGAAACAAACAGUUUCUCUCUCAGAACCGAGUUGACGCAAGCUUUCCUCCUUAUGGAGUCACUGUAGGACAAGCCACCGGACGGUGGUCCGAUGGUUCUAUCGUUCCUGAUUAUCUUGCUAAAUUCAUGGGAAUUCCUAAAAUCUCUCCGAUUCUCCUAACCACGGCGGAUUUUUCUCACGGAGCUAAUUUCGCCAUCGCCGACGCUACCGUUCUUGGCUCUCCUCCGGAGACGAUGACUUUGUCACAACAAGUGAAGAAAUUCUCGGAAAACAAGAAUAAGUGGACAAAUCAAACACGUUCUGAAGCUAUCUACUUGAUCUACAUUGGUUCUGAUGAUUACUUGAGCUAUGCUAAGAGUAAUCCAAGUCCAUCAGAUACUCAGAAACAAGCUUUUGUUGAUCAAGUCAUCACUACCAUAAAAGCAGAAAUAAAGGUGGUUUACGGGUCUGGCGGAAGGAAAUUCGCAUUCCAGAACUUGGCACCGUUAGGUUGCUUACCGGCCGUGAAACAAGCAAGCGGAAAUGUUCAAGAAUGUGUGAAAUUGCCUUCGGAAAUGGCUGCUUUGCAUAACAAGAAACUUUUGCAGCUCUUGGUUGAACUAUCAAGAGAACUAAAUGGUUUCCAGUACUCGUUUUACGACUUCUUUAGCUCGAUCCAAAACAGAGUUAUCAAGUCUAAGACUUAUAGUAAGCCUUUUAUCAUCAUCGUCACGAUAACGUUUUACAAACGUUUUGACAUCUGUCUUGUCUGAUGCAGCAUUCGAGACAGGAAACGCUGCUUGUUGUGGAACUGGCUCUAUCAACGGGAGUAAUUGCUCAGCUAAAAAUGUAUGCGCCAAGCCUGAAGAGUAUAUCUUCUUUGAUGGUAAGCAUUUGACGCAAGAAGCCAACCUUCAGGUCGGGCAUUUGAUGUGGGGAGCAGAUCCGGAAGUGAUUGGACCGAACAAUAUCAGGGAGCUUAUGGUCCUUCCUCUAGACAUUACAGUCAUCUUAGCUGGUAUACAAGAAGCUAUGGCUGCCAUGAGACCGAGACAGAGCAACAUUGAGAGUCUCUAUGAUAUCAAGAAGAUGGAGUCAGAGAUGGAUAAUCAUUGGCUUUAUCAAGUUGACAAAGCUAUCUCCUUUAUGAUAUAAGAUUGUGGUUACAGUUUGAUUUAAGCGAGAGAGUUUAAGAGCUAGUGUAACAAAGAACUAGCAAGAAAACUGAAACAUCCAUUUUUCUUGUUUAGUAAUAAAACAAUCAACCUUAUUAAGUCAAUUAGAAGCUUUACUGGACCAUUUCCAUGGGUCCAAUAUAGCCCAUUAGUAUUGUCUCACUCAGUUUCCGUAGCCCCAAUUUAGC